AGGAGGACAACAGGGGUUAAUGGUUUAUCACUCAGACUGAAGAAGAUGAGUGAUUUAAAAGAUGAGGGAGAGGACACAUCUCCAGUCUCCAGCGGUCUGUCUCUGAAGAGUGACCGGUCUAAAGACUUUCCUCCACUCUUCAGUGAUGAACCUGGACCCUCAGACACAAAACAGAGAGCAGAGUCUCCAGUCUCCAGCUGGCUGUCUCUGAAGAGUGACCGGUCUAAAGACUUUCCUCCACUCUUCAGUGAUGAACCUGGACCCUCAGACACAAAACAGAGAGCGCAGUCUCCAGUCUCCAGCUGUCUGUCUCUGAAGAGUGACCGGUCUAUGAUGAACCCUAUAAACUUCAGUAAAGAACCUGGACCCUCAGACACUAAAGGGAAGAGGAGAAGUCCUGCCAGUCAGACCACAACUGUACGAGAUAGUGGUCUGCAGGAGGUUUUAGAUGAACAUAGGCUCAGUCUGAGGAGGAGAUGUGAACGUGUGACUGAAGGAACUGAUGAAAGUGAAACCCUCCUCAACAGGAUCUUCACUGAGCUCUACAUCACACAAGGCCAGAGUGAAGAGGUUAAUACCCAACAUGAGGUGAGGCAGCUGGAGACAGCUUCCAAGAAGAAGACCCUCCAUGACACUCCAAUCAAGUGCCAGGACAUCUUUAAAGCCUCACCUGACCAACAGACUCUCAUCAGAGCGGUCCUGACCAACGGUGUCGCUGGAGUUGGAAAAACCUUCUCAGUGCAGAAGUUCACUCUGGACUGGGCCGAGGGUUUGGAAAACCAAGAUGUCAGUCUGGUGAUCCCGCUCUCCUUCAGGGAGCUGAACCUGAUCAAAGGUGAGCAGUACAGUCUUCUCAGGCUGCUCCAUGUUUUCCAUCCAACCUUACAGAAGGUCACAGCAGAGCAGCUGGCUGUCUGCAAAGUGCUGCUCAUCUUUGACGGCCUGGAUGAAAGCAGACUUUCUCUGGACUUCAGAAACAAUGAGGUUGUGUCUGAUGUCUCACAGAAGUCCUCAGUCAACGUGCUGCUGACAAACCUCAUCAGGGGGGAGCUGCUUCCCUCAGCUCUCGUCUGGAUAACUUCCAGACCCGCAGCGGCCAAUCAGAUCCCUCCUGAGUGUGUGGACAGGGUAACAGAAGUACGAGGCUUCACUGACGCCCAGAAGGAGGAGUACUUCAGGAGGAGAUGGAGUGAUGAAGACCUGUCCAGCAGAAUCAUCUCUCACAUCAAGAGCUCCAGGAGCCUCCACAUCAUGUGUCUGAUCCCAGUCUUCUGCUGGAUCACUGCUGCAGUUCUGGACCACAUGUUGACUACAGACCAGAGAGGAGAGCUGCCCAAGACCCUCACUGACAUGUACUCACACUUCCUGCUGGUCCAGACCAAGAGGAAGAAGCAGAAGUAUGAAGAGGGACAUGAGACGAGUCCACAGCAGCUGACGGAGGCUGACAGGGAGCUUCUUCUGAAGCUGGGGAGGCUGGCGUUUGAACAUCUGGAGAAAGGAGACAUCAUGUUCUACCAAGAAGACCUGCAGCGCUGUGGUCUUGAUGUCACAGAGGCCUUGGUGCACUCAGGAGUUUGUACACAGAUCUUCAAAAGAGAGAGUGUGGUCUUCCAUAAAACAGUCUACUGCUUUGUUCAUCUGAGCAUUCAGGAGUUUCUGGCUGCAGUCUACAUGUUGCACUGUUACUCCAACAGAGACACAGAGGUACUGAAGGACUUCCUGCAGGGGGGUCAGGAUUACCCAUCCCUGGAUGUCUUCCUAAAGGGAGCCAUGGAGAAAUCCCUCCAAAGUGAAAAUGGCCACCUGGACCUGUUUGUCCGCUUUCUCCACGGCCUCUCUCUGGAGUCCAACCAGAGACUGUUAGGAGGCCUGCUGGGUCGCACAGACAACCGUCCAGAAACCAUCGAGAAAGCCAUCAGCAACCUGAAGGAGAUGAGAAGUGAUGAAAUCUCUCCGGACAGGAGCAUCAACAUCUUCCACUGUCUGACAGAGAUGAAGGACCACUCAGUACAUCAGGAGAUCACAGAGUUCCUGAAGUCAGGGAACAGAUCAGAGAAGGAACUCUCUGUGAUCCACUGUUCUGCUCUGGCCUACAUGCUGCAGAUGUCAGAGGAGGUUCUGGAUGAGUUUGACCUGAAUCAGUACAAAACAUCACAGGAGGGACGACGGAGACUGAUUCCAGCUGUGAGGAACUGCAGGAAGGCCAAACUUACUCACUGUAGACUGUCAGAGACUCACUAUGAAGUCGUGGCCUUAGCUCUGAAGUCUGACCCCUCCCAUCUGAGAGAGCUGGACCUGACUCAGAACUACAAUCUGAAGGAUUCAGGAGUGAAGCUGCUGAGUUCUGGACUAAAGAGUCCAAACUGCAGACUGGAGGCUCUCAGUCUGAGGAACUGCAGCUUGUCGGAGAUCAGCUGUUCUGCUCUGAUCUCAGCUCUGACGUCCAACCCCUCCCAUCUGAGAGAUCUGGACCUGAGUAACAACGAUCUGAAGGAUUCAGGAGUGAAGCUGCUGAGAGCUCUUCUGGAGACUCCAGACUGCAGACUGGAGACUCUCAGACUGGAGGGCUGCAGUUUGUCAGAGAUCAGCUGUUCUGCUCUGGCCUCAGCUCUGAAGUCCAACCCCUCCCAUCUGAGAGAUCUGGACCUGAGUGACAACGCUCUGCAGGAUUCAGCAGUGAAGCUGCUGAGAGAUCUUCUGGAGAGUCCAGACUGCAGACUGGAGACCGUCCCAGAGGGUUACCUGUUGACCCGUGUCCAUCUCAACAAGGGUCCGGUGACAUCCCAUAAUCCUGAGUUUGGGGGGGAAGACGUUCUCCCUGUAAUCAAAGCAAGGGGGUUCUCUUGGAGACGCUCUGAAAGUCUUUGA